AUGGAGAAGAGCAAUUCUUUCAAAGGCCCUCAGAACCCAUGGAGCGCCGAUUUAGGACUUGGCACCACCGAUCGGAGAUUGGCGUUUUCGCGCCAAGCCUCGUUCCAGCAAUACCACGAACCACACACGCCGGUUUCGAUCAAUCUCAAUGACUCUGAGGUGACGCCGUUUCUCUCGCGGAGCGUGUCGAGCAUUGACGUUCCUCCAGGGGCGUAUUUGGCAGAGGAAAAUAACAAGCUUUUCGGGGAACGAAGAGUUUCGGCCGAGAAAUUAUCCGUCUUGUUGGUUUUUGAAUCGGUGUUUCGGAUUUUGAGGUCCGGAAAUCGGUAUAUGAAGAGAUUGUUCUUGUUGAUUUCGCUUAAUGUGGCGUAUUCGACCGCGGAGCUAUGUAUUGGACUCUUCACGGGACGUAUAGGUUUGGUGUCAGAUUCAUUUCAUUUAAGUUUUGGGUGUGGCUUAUUAACGUUUUCAUUGUUCGCUAUGGCUGCUUCUCGAAAGAAACCUGAUGCAAUUUACACUUAUGGGUAUAAAAGGCUAGAAGUUUUGUCUGCUUUUACCAAUGCUCUGUUUCUUUUGUUUAUGUCAUUCUCCUUGGCUGUGGAAGCACUUCAUGCGUUCAUACAGGAUGAAUCUGAACACAAGCAUUACUUGAUUGUUUCGGCAGUGACAAAUCUACUGGUGAAUCUUAUUGGUGUUUGGUUCUUCAGAAAUUAUGCUCGUGUCAAUCUUGUUUACAGAAACGCAGAAGAUAUGAACAACCACUCAGUUUGCCUGCAUGUUCUUGCAGAUUCCAUUCGUAGUGCAGGGUUGAUAUUGGCAUCUUGGUUUCUGUCUCUGGGGGUUCAGAAUGCAGAAGUUUUGUGUUUCGGACUAGUUUCAGUUGCAGUUUUUAUGCUUGUAAUGCCACUAUUUAGAGCGAGUGGUGGUAUUCUACUCCAAAUGGCACCACCAAACGUUCCAACUUCUGCAUUGAGCAAAUGCUGGCGACAGAUUACUGCCCGUGAAGAUGUUUCUGAAGUUUCUCAAGCACGGUUUUGGGAAUUGGUUCCUGGUCAUGUUGUUGGUUCACUUUCAAUACAGGUAAAGAAGGGGAUAGAUGAUCGCCCCAUACUUCAAUUAGUGCAUGGUUUGUACCAUGAUUUGGGAAUACAGGACUUGACAGUGCAAGCUGACAAUGUCUGA